AUGCUCUCCCUCGAACUCAUCCUCCUGACUCUUCCGCUCGGCGACGCCCUCUCCAUCCCCUUGUCUUCUCCCAGCUUUGCCCGUGCUGCCGCUGUCGAACAGCAAGAUCCCAGUCCGCAGUUCAUGGGCUGUACAGACCGUGGAUACAUCCAGCAGAUCACCAAUGAUGAUUCUGCUAUAAUCCCACGCUUGAGUAACGAAGCUUGUACCAUGUACUGCUCUGAAGACUCAACCAACAAGUACGCGUACUUCAACGACAAGGACAGCGAGUGUUAUUGCAGCGGCGAAGACUACCCAACGUCCUCAGAUUUCAGAGAUGCCAAUAACAGUGUUGGUACAUGUCAGCCAUCACAGACCACCGUCACGUACCUCACCUCCCCUUUCAUCUUCACCCACUGCGUCCCUUCCGACUCGUACUCCCGCCCGUCUUCCAACGACAAAUCCUUCACAGCCUCUUCCCCCGAAUACUGCCUUGACACCUGCAACACUACCCCUUCCUCCACCAUUGCCCAUGUCCAGCCGACUUACGAUGCGGAGGACGAUUGGUGGGUGUAUGACUGUCGAUGUGUGAGCUCUCGACAGCGUACGAAGGCAAGCGGGGGGCUGUUUGUGCUGGACAACAGUCAAAGGGCUUUUGAUGCUGGAUGGGCACCGGAAGAAGGGGCAAAGUGCGGGUUCGAGAGCGUUUUUGUAUAUGAGAGGCCUGUACUGCAAUGA